AUGACCCUGUCCAAGAACCCUAAGCUCUCUGCGAUGCCUAACAUCAAACCUUACGAAUCCAUUGUCGGCUCACAUAAUAUCUCGGUUGCUGGAUACGUAGAAGACGAAGGGCCUCCUCCUUUGCAGGCCGCUGACCAUAAUACCUACACGUCCGCUCCUUCGGACAAUGGUGUCAACGGCGACGAGAUGCCACCUUCUUUGGAGCCAGCUGUUCCUGUUAAGGAUCAUCCGACUGCCAUGGUGAUCAUAGAUCCUGUGAGCAUGUUGACGAUGAAGGACCUACAAGAUGUGUUGCUGUCGAAGGAUGUUUUGUUUGAUAAGAGUGUUGAAGUUAUGAACUUGAUUAUGGCCUCGGAAUUGUUAUGCAUGGUCGCGUGUGCCGGUGUGGCGAUGUGUAACUUAUACUUUCACAAGCCGCAGAUACGAAAAGUUCAGGUUGUUGGGUGUCAACGACUCAGGGACGUACCGGCCGCGCGCGGAUUUCAUACCGAUAUUGCACGCGUACCUUGCGUCGCCGCGCAACCUCGGCGCGUUCGGACGGGUCACGACACUGAACGUGUGCGACGAGUGUCUGACUUCCUAAAACCCACGGGAUGGCACAGUGCAGGACGCGGCGUGGUACGGCGUGCUCGAACCCGUACAGACGGACAUGGACGGACAGGACAGACGUUGGCAGACAGGACGGACAUGGACGGGACGUGGGCGGACAAGGGUGGACGUACGCUAUUGGGCCCCAGUGAGGCGUACAAGUUUGACAACUGGCGCCUCACAUUCGAGCUCAAGCUCACCAAUAUUGACAAGCUCCAGGAGGACCGCGGUAGCGGACAAUGA